AUGACCGUUCAAGUUGAUCAACUCACCAACGAGAAGAAGAAGAAUGAAAAGGAUUUGGAGGAAAUGGACAAAAUGAUCAACGACUUGAAUGCUGAAGUCGACAUGGCACAGAAGCAACUUGACACUGCAAAUGAUGACAAAGAUUGCAAUGAAGCGAUGAAACAGAAAUACCAAGACGAACUGAUGAGUGUUAGAAGUGAACUUGAUCAAGAAAAGAAAGACCACGCCAAGACCCAACUGAUUAAAGGAAAGUACAAGAAAGAUAUUGCUGAAAUCACAGUCAGAGCUGAAACCCUUGAGAAGAACAUGGGAACUAAUACUGAACUCGACGAGAAACAAGACAAAUGUGACAAACUUGAAGACAAUAUGUCUGAGAUGAAGACUGAAUUGAGGCAACAUUUAAAAACAGUUGAAAAACACUUAUGA